AUAAUUCACAUUUAUUUCUUAAUCGUUGCAAGCUAUCGUGAAAGUCGAUCGUGGGUAAAACGAAAAAAAAAAAAAAAAGAAAUUUAUCGUUUAAAGCAAUUAUUGUUUAAAAAGAAAUGUAUGUCAUCGAGUCGAUGAAUAAAAAUUCUUUGAAAUAAGAUAUCAUUCACGAUAGUUUUUAAUGUUUAAUCUUUGUAAUGGAAAAUUUGGGAAAGAAAUCUUUGUAAAGGAAAAAGAAAUCGAUUGCAAUUGCUCGAUUUUUAGGUCGCUUUAGUUAGAUACGUUUAAUUUUAUCCGUUUAACGCGUCUCGUGUUUAACGAUGUUAUACACGAACAGAUUGUAUUCGUGUGUUUACGAAUCUCUCUCUCUCUCUCUCUCUCUCUCUCAUUGUUUCUCUGAAUCAUUCGUCUCGAAAGGUGAUUUGAAGUUUACGUAAAAUCGUUUGAAGAUUAACUUGAUAAAUAUUCUUCUUCUGUAUAUAUAUCUACAUACGCGUUGUACGUAAGAAUAUAGUUCACGGAUCGCGAUAACCUGCAGCAUUGCGGUGAUCCUAGCGAUCGUACUUUGGAACGUUAGGAAAAGUUCGUCUGAAAAAUCGGAUACUAAAACCAAGAAAAUCAAGAAAAACAAGAAAAUGUCUUAUGAAACGAGCAAUGGUUGCGAAAAAAAGAUCGAACCUGAGAAGAAAAAAAUUGAGGAGAAUGGAGAAACAGUGUCCGAUAUUCCGAAACUCAAAUGGGUUAAAGUAGGUCGGGUCGAGGAACUCUAUUACUACCCUUUGAAAUCAGGACGAGGGAAGACAGUGACAGAAUGUAAAUUUACGGAAUUUGGGAUAUCCGUAGAGAAGAAUGGAUUAUUUACUCUUAGAGAUAGAAUGUUUUUGGUUUACAACGACGAAACUUAUAAGUUUCAAACGGGUAGACAGUAUCCAACGAUGAUUCUAGUCAGUCUGUCCGCUGUAGAUGAGUACAAGGUAAAAUUAGAAGCCGUAGGAAUGCCGAGUGUCGUCUUUAGAGUACCAGAGAAAUCCGAAAAGAGUUCUGCAGCCAUUGAAUGCACGAUGUGGUGGGGGGAGCCGGUAAAGUGUAUCGAUUGUGGUCCUGAACCUGCUGAAUGGUUAUCUAGAUUUUUAACCGGCACGAAUUCGGGCUUACGUUUGGGUUACUCUUUGACUGAUAGAAGACAACUUACUAAUGGACCUUGGGAACGUUUCUGCAAAGUUUAUAAUACUCUCCGAGACGAAGACACGGGCUUAUUCUCGGAUAUUACGAGUUACAUGUUAAUGACAUCUCAGUCGCUCGAUAAACUGAACGAACGAUUGGAAACCCCAGUACCGACUUUACAGUUCCGUCCUAACAUUGUUGUUUCCGGUGAGAAACCAUUUGUUGAAGAUAACUGGGAAUGGAUAAAGAUAGGCGAUCGAGCUAUUAUUAGAAACGUUAAACCUUGUCCGAGAUGUAAAAUGAUCAAAAUUGAUCCACAAACCGGUGAAACUACGAAGGAGGAGCCAUUGAAGACUUUAAAAUCUUUCCGAGAACAAACGGAUCCAGAUAAAAUUUCCGUCGAUGGAUCAGCUCCGAUAAUGGGUAUAUAUUGUGGAUCGUACGUCACUGGUCGUGUUAAACUCGGAGAUGACGUGUUCGUUCAUGUACCAGCCGAUAAUGAAAAUUCGAAAAUUUCUAACGAGAAUACAUCUAAAAUCUAAAACGUGUUAAGCUCCAUGAUCGCAGCUAUGAAAGCGUGCCUUUGUUGUUAAUACAAUUAUAGUCCGCAGUGUGGGUUGCGCUUUGUCGAAUAGAAAAUUUGUGAAAUGUUUGUAAAGAUUGAACGGUUGGUCCAAAGUGUUUCUCAAUGUGAUUUCGUAAAAACAAAUUACAUUUUUUCAAGACAUUUUAGACUAAUAUUUUCUUUCUUAUAAAUUAUAAAACUAAAAGCCUAAAGAGUCUCGAAAAAUAGUAAUUGUUUUUAAUAGGAUCAUUAAUAGGAACGUUUGGUCUGUAACCUUGUUGUCGCGUUUAAAAAUAGAAAGAAUUGAAUUGCUUAAAUAAUUAAAAUCAAACGAAGAAAGAAAGAAAGAAGAAAAGAGUAAAAUAAAAAUAGAAAGAGCAACGAUAUGAUAUCUUCUUAUAAUCAAAUUAGAAAAUGUCAAUCUCUCGAUUUCUUCGAGAGAAAAAGAAUCGAAUCGAUGAUAGUGUGACAAUAAUCGAUUAAUAAAAAUGCUCGUUAUCGUUAGAACGAAAAUAUAAACUCGUUGAAGCGCACUUAAAAUCAAUUUCUAGUGAUUGUUCUCUCUUAUAUGUAUAUAUACACACGCAUAUACAUAUAUAUUUUUUUUUAUAAUAUAUAUUAUACAUACGUAUGUUAUACAUAGUCGCAAUGUAUAAUGUAUCAAAAAAAAAAAAAAAACAUAUUUAUUUGAUUAUGCAUUCAGUAAAAAGAGAAAAAAAAGAAUAAACGCCUUAUUGUAAAAAAGAAAAAAAAAAUAAAACAAAAAAUCACUUUCAACGUAUACGUAAGAGAAUGGGAAUAAAAAUUCAAAAAAUCACACAAUUCCACAAUUUCAAAUUGAAUGCUACUUCAAUGUCUUCCAAUGCAAUUAUCUAUAACUAAAUCAAAUUAUCUCUAUAAUAAAAACAAAAAUUGUCGUUCCGUUCGUUAGAAUAAACACGAGCAGACGCAUUGUUGGUUCGCAUUACGUA